AUGAACAAGACACCACGUCGUCCACCAGCUUCACCAGUGCACACUAGAGAACCCAAUUUGGGUGCCACAGCGUCACCCGUAGAUGAACAAGACACCACGUCAAGUCCACCAGCUUCACCAGUGCACACUAGAGAACCCAAUUUGGGUGCCACAGCGUCACCCGUGGUUUUCUCCGGUUUUGCCGUUCUUUUUCAUUUUUGUGAUGUGAAAACCUUUAAUCUUCCUGUGUGCACUGAUGAAGCUGGUGGAUUUGGCGUGGUGUCUUGUUCAUGUACGGGUGACGCUGUGGCACCUAAAUUGGGUUCUCUAGGGUGCACUGGUGAAGCUGGUAGAUUUGGCGUGGUGUCUUGUUCAUGUACAGGUAACGCUGUGGCAUCCAAAUUGGGUUCUCUAGUGUGCACUGGUGAAGGUGGUCGAUUUGGCGUGGUAUCUUGUUCAUGUACGGAUGAUGCUGUGGCACCUAAAUUGGGUUCUCUAGGGUGCACUGGUGAAGCUGGUAUAUUUGGCGUGGUGUCUUGUUCAUGUACAGGUGACGCUGUGGCAUCCAAAUUGGGUUCUCUAGUGUGCACUGGUGAAGCUGGUGGACUUGACGUGGUGUCUUGUUCAUGUACGGGUGAUGCUGUGGCACCUAAAUUGGGUUCUCUAGGGUGCACUGGUGAAGCUGGUGGACUUGACGUGGUGUCUUGUUCAUGUACGGGUGAUGCUGUGAUAAUAAUAAAUAAUAAUAAUAAUAAUAAUAAUAAUAAUAAUAAUAAUAAUAAUAAUAAUAAUAAUAAUAAUAAUAAUAAUAAUAAUAAUAAUAAUAAUAAUAAUAAUAAUAAUAAUAAUAAUAAUAAUAAUAAUAAUAAUAAUAAUAAUAAUAAUAAUAAUAAUAAUAAUAAUAAUAAUAAUAAUAAUAAUAAUAAUAAUAAUAAUAAUAAUAAUAAUAAUAAUAAUAAUAAUAAUAAUAAUAAUAAUAAUAAUAAUAAUAAUAAUAAUAAUAAUAAUAAUAAUAAUAAUAAUAAUAAUAAUAAUAAUAAUAAUAAUAAUAAUAAUAAUAAUAAUAAUAAUAAUAAUAAUAAUAAUAAUAAUAAUAAUAAUAAUAAUAAUAAUAAUAAUAAUAAUAAUAAUAAUAAUAAUAAUAAUAAUAAUAAUAAUAAUAAUAAUAAUAAUAAUAAUAAUAAUAAUAAUAAUAAUAAUAAUAAUAAUAAUAAUAAUAAUAAUAAUAAUAAUAAUAAUAAUAAUAAUAAUAAUAAUAAUAAUAAUAAUAAUAAUAAUAAUAAUAAUAAUAAUAAUAAUAAUAAUAAUAAUAAUAAUAAUAAUAAUAAUAAUAAUAAUAAUAAUAAUAAUAAUAAUAAUAAUAAUAAUAAUAAUAAUAAUAAUAAUAAUAAUAAUAAUAAUAAUAAUAAUAAUAAUAAUAAUAAUAAUAAUAAUAAUAAUAAUAAUAAUAAUAAUAAUAAUAAUAAUAAUAAUAAUAAUAAUAAU